AUGGCGCUGCAUGUGAGGCGGCAUGGAUUCAACAGGCCGAUAAGCCCUCUUCAAGUAGUCCUGAUCUUCGUCAUCAUUGUUGACACCGCGUCGUUCUUCCUGCUUCACUUACCUUUGAUUCUGGACGAAGUGACGCAGCUGUCGUUGGCAGCCGCUUUUUCAGUAAUUGCUCUCGUCAUGAUCGCUUCUGGCCUGAAGGCCGCCCUCACGGAUGCUUCUCAUCCAGAUGUCCCGUGGAAAUGGGGCAAAGGUUCCUUCGACGACCUCGGGAAGACAGAGCUCCCUUUGUGUCACACCUGCCAUGUCCGGCAGGAGUUUCGGACAGAGCACUGUAACUCGUGCAACAGGUGCGUCGCUGGUUUCGACCAUCAUUGCAUUUGGCUCAACAACUGUAUUGGCGACGCAAAUUAUGGAAGCUUCUGGACCGCCAUGGUCUCGGCAACUUUGUUUCUAGUCAUCAUGUGCGCGAGCGGGAUUGUGUUGAUCGUGGUGGUCAUCAUGUAUGGCAAGCCAAAGGAGCUGCUGUUGCCGGCGUUGAGCUUCUUAUUGCUCUUAAACAUAGCCUUGCUCGUGCCCAUCUUCACACUGCUGAUUUUUCAUCUGGCUCUGGUCAACAAUCGGCUGACGACGCUGGAGUACAUCAUGGCGCACUUGGACUACGACAGGGCCUUGGACGGCGGCAAAAAUCCACCACUCCGCCCAGAUGGUACUCACUUUCGACCAUUCCCCAGAUGUGUUGACUGGGUCGUAUUCAGGCCUCGACGCCGGCGCAAGGUCCAUCCAGGAGUCCAUCCCGGCAAGAUCGCGCCUGCUCCACCUCAGCCUCAGCCGAGCCCCAAGGUGCAGGAGAAAUCUCCUCCAGCUGAGACCAUCGCGACCCCGCCAGAGGAGGGAUGCCCAACUCCCACGACCCGGCAGGGCACGACAGACGAUGCGUCGCAGUCGUAUACCCUUCACUUCCAAGGCAACUUCGCUUUAACUUGA